AUGCCAAAGAUAAAUCGUGGAACACUUCCGUACCUCUUAAAGAGGGCGGCAGGAGGACACCCAGACCAGGAGGUCUGGCACCCAGCAAGCCCGCCCGGAGCAGCCGCGCCCUGGACUACGAUCGGGGCUUGGACGCUUCUCCCGACGAAAGCUCAGUACAUAUGCAAGACAGGGAAAAUAACUGGGGAGAUCCAGCUUCAGGCGUGCUACGACAUCAAGGCGGCCAUUUUGUACGUCACCAUAGUCCAGGCACGCCGCUUGGCAACAGCUAGAGACAGCAGUGAUCUUCCCGAUCCCUUCGUCACGUGUUUUCUCCUGCCCAGAAGAACCUUAGAGACCCAGCGCCGCAGCCGCUGCGUGCCGCGCUGUAGCAGCCCCGUCUGGAAGCAGACCAUGGUCUACCCCGAGGUGCCGCCCGACGAGCUCAAGCGCAGCUUCCUCCAAGUCAGCGUCUGGAACAGCCACCUGGCCGGAUGCGACGAGUUCCUCGGGGAAGUGGUCAUUCACCUCUCAGACUCAGGAGUGCUCGAUGAGCAGUCGCACUGGUACAAAUUGCACAUGCACGACGAAAGCAGGUAUCCCCGAAGCGGUGUUCCAGGUUUCGGCAGCCCCGGUAUUGGAAAGAUGGCUCGAAUCAGCGCUGGUGCCAAGAUUGGCUGCUCCGACAGCACCGAGGAGUUCAGGAAAGGCGUGCUGAACGCGACCCAAGAAAAGAGGUUCAUAAAGCAUUUCCGACGGAGAUCCGUGUCUUCCAACGACUCUACCCGAAUCGGCAACCAGAACCGCCGCAACCGAGUGCCCAUCUUCCCCACUUCCAACCUGACUGCCCAUCCGUUGCUUCCUCGGGGAUGUCAGGGUGCCGUGUGCAACCUUUUCUGAACCAGAUCUCCUGUUUCUUGCGGCGAUUCCAGUGAGACGGCUCGUGGGCCUCCUGGCCUGAGCGGCGCCUGUCCGGGAGUUGAACCCCACAACGACGAGGGCUCUCGGCCCGGGGCCAGCCUCGGCGCUCGCCCCUUCGGUCGACCUGGCAGAGCGCCCAUAGCGCAGCGCUGGACUCGGCACCGAGGGGUGGACCCCGGCGCGCGCCAAGGGCGACGACUCUCAUCACCGGAGUCGUCCGUGCGCAGCUCCAUGCGGCUCUCAGUGUCUCGUGUGUAUACAUGUACGAGCGUUUAUAUUGCGUUGCAAUGUCCUAUUGCAAUAAGUGUGUACACGUUAUUUUUAAGUGCCUUGUACGAAGCUAAACAUCUGUUCUGUUUACGUGUAUCGCCGAGCGUCCCGAUGCUAGAUGGAGUGAUUUUGUCGACCCGAAGCUGUACGCUCAUGGUCGCACGCUGCGUCGCUCGGCGACCACAGCGCAGUGGCGUCGCCGGAGACCCCUCGCGGCCUGCGCUAGUACAAAAGGGGCGCACGCGGACAUGGUCACGAAGACCAUGUAGACCACGGCUUUCUCAACGAGCGCUUACUCUAAGCAUUAAAAUCUCAAACGCCUCGCUUUUUUUAUUUUUUUGUUGCCACUUGGUCCAGUCGUGCACGUGGA